AUCUUCUCUUGUUUCUAAAUCUAGUUUUGUUCCUUUCACUUCAGGUAUGUCUCCAUUUGAGGUCCAGCCAGUUCACACAGUGGUAAGGGAAGGGGAAGUGGCACGAUUUAUCUGCAAGAUACAUGCAAAUCCUCCACCAAUCAUCACCUGGGAAUUCAACCGGACAGCACUGCCCCUAGCUACCGACAGGAUAACUGCUCUACCAACAGGAAUCCUUCAGAUCUAUGGUGUUGAGAGACAACAUGCUGGACUGUAUCGUUGCGUUGCCACCAACAUUGCAAACAGGCGCAGGAGUGCAGAAGCCAGUUUAACUGUUGUUACAGCAUGGGAACCAAAGACAUUGAAAAAGCCAGUGAUAAUCGCAGGUCCCCAAAAUAUCACUGUGCCUGUGCAUCAGACAGCUAUGCUGGAGUGUGUUGCCAUUGGUUCCCCUAAACCUCUUGUUUCCUGGAGUCGAUUAGAUCACAGAUCUAUUGAUGUUUUCAAUACACGUGUUCUGGGGAAUGGGAAUCUGAUGAUAUCUGAUGUGAAGGUUCAACAUGCUGGAAUAUACGUGUGUCGAGCCACCACACCAGGCACACGCAAUUACACUGUUGCAAAAGCUAUGCUUACAGUGUUGGCACCGCCAUCUUUUGUUGAGUGGCCUGAAAGUCUCACCCGUCCUCGUGCUGGUACGGCCAGGUUUAUGUGUCAGGCUGAAGGUAUACCUACACCGAAGAUUAGUUGGCUGAAGAAUGGGCAAAGGAUUCACUCCAAUGGACGUAUCAAAGUCCAGUAUAGUAGCAAAUUGGUGAUAAACCAGAUCAUUCCUGAAGAUGAUGCCAUUUACCAGUGUGUGGCUGAAAACGAACAAGGAUCUGUUCUUUCAGUAGCCCGACUGAUUGUUGUAAUGUCUGAAGACAGACCGAGUGCACCUCGAAAUAUCCAGGCUGAAACUGUGUCAAGCUCAGGGAUUCUUCUGUCGUGGCAAAGACCCAUGUAUAAUUCUGAUAAAGUAAUUGCAUAUUCUGUUCAUUACAUGAAAGCUGAAGGUUUAAAUAAUGAGGAAUAUCAAGUGGUUAUUGGGAAUGAUACAACUCGUUAUAUUAUUGAUGAUUUAGAGCCAGCCAGCAACUACACGUUUUAUAUUGUUGCAUACAUGCCUAUGGGAGCCAGUCGAAUGUCGGAGCACGUGACCCAGCACACUUUGGAAGAUGUCCCCCUGAGGGUGCCAGAGAUCAGUUUGACGAGCCUUAGCCCAACCAACAUCCUGAUCUCAUGGCUCCCUAUUCCAGCAAAAUUCAGGAGAGGUCAUAUCAUUGCGUAUCGCAUUUACUAUCGAAAAAGCACAGAACGUGCUGUCCACUUGGUGGAGCUUCCAGGAACUAAAUUGGAACACCUGCUAGAAGAUGUAGAAUCUGACAGUAGUUACCUUGUUCGGAUCUCUGCAGCAACCAGAGUGGGGUGGGGAGAAUCUUCAGUCUGGACUUCCCACAGAACCCCAAAAGCUACCAGUGUCAAAGUCCCCUUGGCCCCAGAGCUGCGUUUAGAGCCAUUGAAUUGCACAACAAUUGUGGUAAGAUGGAAACAAGCAGAGGAAAACAAUGUACAAAUCCAGGGAUACAGACUCUGCUACAGGGAGGAGAGCCAGCAGGAAACCGGUCCAAUUGAACUCAGCAUGCGGGAUUCCCAGUAUACCAUCAGCGGACUAGACCCUGGAAGGAAGUACCAUAUGCGCUUGCUGGCAUACAAUUACAUGGGUGAAGGUUAUCAGGCAGAUCAGACUGUGAGCACCCCCAGAUGUGUGUCUGUUCGGGAUCGCAUGGUGCCUCCUCCACCCCCUCCUCACCACUUGUACGCAAAAGCCAAUAGUUCAUCUUCUAUCUCAUUACGGUGGGGGAAGCCAGCCUUUACUGCAGCACCAGUGAUCAACUAUACCAUCCGCUGUAACCCUGUGGGGCUGCAGAAUGCAUCUCUUGUCAUGUAUCUUCAAACGUCUGAAACGCACAUGCUCGUGAAUGGUCUACAACCCUUCACCAAGUAUGAGUUUGCAGUGCGUCUUCAUGCUGACCAGCUCUCCAGCCCCUGGAGCCCCGUGGUUUAUCAGUUGACAUUACCUGAAGCUCCAACCAAGCCACCGUCAGGAGUCAAAGCCACUUUGAUAGAAGAAGGAACUGCUCUGGUUUCUUGGAAGCCCCCAGAAGACACACAAAUGGCUGUCACUCGUUACACCAUCCUGUAUGCUUCCAGGAAGGCCUGGGUCGCGGGCAACUGGCAAGUGCUCCACAGGGAAGGAACGAUUACUAUGGUUUUGCUGGAGAACCUUGUUCCUGGAAAUGUCUACCUCAUUCAAGUAUCUGCGUCAAAUGAAGUAGGAGAGGGACCAUUUUCAAAUGUUGUAGAACUGGUGGUCCCUGCUACAGAGACAGUGUAUUUCAGUCAAGGGGCAAAGUGGUCUGACUCCGUCAACGGCGCAGAUGCCAAAGCCAAAUCCGAUGUGUUUUACCACCUGGACCAAAAGUCAAUGACUGGGAUCAUCGUUGGAGUCUGCAUUGCCCUGACUUGUAUUAUCAUCUGCAUCCUUAUCCUCCUUUAUAGAAGCAAAGCAAGGAAAUCUAAUGGAGUCAAGGCUGAUCAACCAGGAAGUGUUCAGUUGGCACAUGUGACGAGACCACUUGUCAGUGGAAACCAUCUGGCCAAGAGCAAGGAUGAACAUUGGGAAAACAUGGAAACCUUAAUGCCAAUGAUGGCUGAGAAUGUCUACUUGGAUACCAAGGGUGGAUCUGAUUUGAUUAUUAGCAGCUCUGGUCACAGAAAAGAAAAGACCAAAAAGUGCUUAUUUUUUGGAACAAAAAAGAGAUCAACAAGCACAUCCAAGGAGAAUCAGCCAGUCAGAAGAAAUGGGUUUGGUUUGACUGGGCUGACCUGUGAAGAACUGAGUGGCUCGGUGCUGAUUCCCCCCACAACCUUGCCAUCUGUGUUUACUGCCAUGGGAGAUACAGAAUAUUCACACAAUAGUGAUGGAAGCCAUGAAACUGGAGAUUCGGGCAGAUAUUCCCAUGAUUCCAGAGAGGAGAUGGAAAUGUCGCACCUUUCUUCGACACCUGUCUUCCUGGGGUCAUCUGUCCAGGCAGAAACUGCCAGCAUUCCGGCCUUGUCUACCUCAGAGGAAGACCAAUCCCUAUUGGUCGUUUCUCAUUCCACCACCAAUGACCUGCUGGCACUGCCUCGACCAAGCCAAAUGACGUCAAAACCAACCAGUGAAAACACCAACAACCAAUUUCCAAUCUAAGUAACCUGAUCCAGUUUCAGCAUAAUUUAUCUGUACGAUGGACAAGUGUGCAGGAAGCCAAAGAACACUUUGGAGAGAAAGUCACUCCAGGUUCUUACAUAACUUUGCUUUAUGAAUGUUCCAUUUGUUUUUUUUUAUUUUACCCACCAUGAAUGUCUGUAUGUCAAAAAAUGUGAAAAGGACCAUUACCAUUUCUUUUGAUUUUAUUUUGAAAGGUAUAUCAUGGAGCAGAAAUAAUAUUUCAGGCUUUCUGCUGAAAAUCUACCUCAAUCUUACCUAAUAAUGAACUCCAGUAUUUAACAGGUAUUUGACUCCAUUGCCUAAUAGUUGAUAUUUCCUUACACAAAUGUGUUGUUUUGAUAAAAGAAAUGUUUGUUGGUGUUGUUCUGCUGUGAUGUAGGGGUUGUGAGGGCUUUGCCAUGAGAGUGUUUGACUAAAGAUCUGUUUACAUGGGCAGGUGAGAUUCUAAAAUGGGGCCAUGCACAACACCUUUAAGCUGAAGUUGUUGCCUUAUUUAUUUUCCAAUUUAAAGCAAAAAGUCAGGACGGAUUUUUGAAGGUUUUGAUUUGUAAUCUCAAUCCAUGAAAUAUUAAGAUUACAUUCCACAACUGCUGUAUUUGUACUGCACACUGACAUUAAGCACUGGGGGAGAAGUAGAAGAGCUAGUCUGAUCAGAGGAAAGCAGGAACACUUUAGAUUCUGUAGGAGUUCAGUGCUUCAUUGUUCUCACCUAUAAACAUAUCCAAACUAUGCACUGCUAGCAGUGUCAAUGUAUUCCCAGUGAAUUUGAACCUGAACUGCUCUGGGUAUAUCUGCUUCAUGGAAUAUGUGUUGGGAGGCACCACAGACUAAUUGAAGCAGGCCAGGGUUAACUGAAAUGAUUACCUAGAUGUUUCCUGUUGUAGAAACAGGAAAAUACAAUGCAGAUGCAGAAAUUAGGGAAAACAUGCCUCAUGCAUUGACCCCUAUCACAGCCCUGUGCCGUCCUAGUUGAAUUCUGAUUUCAUGCAUUCUAACAGAUGCUUCUGAAGCUGUCUGGUCCUUUUCAACUGGAGUAUAACAUCCAGUGGGAUGAUUCCACUUUAUUCAUACUAACUUUUGUUUUUUUGAAGGGGAAUGUUGUAGCAUUUAUUAGUAAGUUUUGUUAGCUUUAAGUGUGAUAUCUAGAAAGUCAAGUAAAAUGUUAUCUAAAUAUUCCAAGGGAAUUUCUACUGACACUUUAGUGAUCUGUUUCAAUGAGUAUGUGGACUCCUAGUCCAAUGUGUUUUGCAGCUUUGUUGCCAAGCCAGUACUGCCAAAUAUCUAACAGAAAAUCUCAACCAGAAAUGUUCAGCUAUCAUAGUAGAUUAAAUACAUUAAGUACCAGAGUUCCUCUUUAAUCAUUGCCGUCUUUUCAAUAAAUAGGCAAUACUCUUUUAAACUUGACUUGACACAAAGCCUAUCUAUUCCCCCUCAGAACUCAUCAAAUUCCUUUUAACCUUCUGAUCCUGCUGACAAAUGCACUCACUCCAUUUAACAAACUGCCAAAUGAAAAAUUAUAGCAAUAUUAUUGUUGGAAUGAAUUGAUCUAAUUGAUUUGUGAGUCCUAAAAUAUAAGAGUACAGAAGAGUUCUAAAAAUAUUUGAUUAAAUUAUUAAAGGAAUUCAUAUUCUAAAUAAUAGGAAUGUAAUUAUUUUACCAAAUUGAAAAGGAUACCAAGCUACUUUUAAAAUAAAAGAAUGUGCAUAGCUAUUCAAUAACUGCAUUUCUGCCAUAGUUUCUCCAAGUGAUCUUUCUUAUGACAACUUCAGCUUAUUGGUAUUGAAUCACGAUACUCGUUAAGAGUUACAAUCCAAAGAGCACCGUUCGGUGCCUCGUGUGUAUUUAUUUUUGGAAUUACUUGUAUUAAACAGAGCUUUACGAUACCAAAAAUGUUUAGAAGCUGCUACUCUCAUGUGCUAUAGCCUUGCAUCUCCUGUUUGAUACUACCUCUUUUUAAAAACCUAUUUUAGUGUUAUUCCUUAUCUAACCUCAGGGAUCAAGUAUUUGUUACAUUUGAACUGCCACACGUAUGUGUGUGUGUGUGGUGUACUGACAGGGUAUCUUGUUUGAAUUACUGCUUUUAAAAUCGUUACUGUGUAGCUUUUAAGAGUUAGAACAGAUCACUAGAAUUGUGUGCCAGUAAAUGUUCAUGCCAAUGUGAUGCCGAUAUAGCAAAACUACUUUAAAAUAAGCUUACCAAAGAAAAUGUACAUAAUUUUUUUCUCUAGGAUUUUUUGGGCCAUUCAACUGUUAAAUCUUUUAAUUUUAUGGUAGUUUCUAAUCAUUCAUAAGACUUGUAUGUGUUUUGAAUUGAAAUUGAUUUUCUAAUACAAUAUUACACUAGAAUAAUUGGAAACCUAAUUUAGGGAAUGAGCAAUAUUGAUGUGAUAAUGCCCAAAUGCUAUUAAAUCCCAUCCCUUAUUGGAAACAAAUCAAAUUAUAAUAAAUAGAUAUCCAAUGAUUUAUUGUCUAAAAUUACUUAAAAGCUAAUUCUUUGUCCUGUACAAAGGCAUAAGUUUUUAAUGUUUGAAUAAUGUUCUAAUAUCGGCUCAAUGAAAGAUCCUUAGUACUAACUACUGAGUACGACUUCUGGUUAGCUGCACUCUGCUCUUUAUAGUGUAGAUCAGAUUUAUAGCCAGUUUAGCACUUGUCUUUCAGAUUAGUGUCAUCCAUUGUACUGAUGCUAAAGACGGUAUACAAAGGUAAACUGUAUCCAAAGAGUUGAUGUUGAUAGGGCACUGUGUCUAUGCAGUAUCUGAAUCCCAGUCGUAAGAACUGUGUCACUUUUCAUUAAAGCUGAAAUGAAGAGAAUUCUCUUGUAUAAGAUAUAAUUUUAUAAAUGUACAUUCAUCUCCAAUGGCAAUAAUUGUUAAAAUAUCAUUAAUUACGAGAGGAUUCUUCAGCUGUAGAGCUGUAGAACUUCACCGAAGUCGUUACUCAUUAUUUGCCAUAUUUAGAAGUCUGGUGAACCUGACCUGAAUUAUAAUGUUUUGAAAUAUUCAAUUUUUCUACACAAAGUAAAAUAUUCCAAUAUUCCCUUCUAGGAUUCACUUAACUUGCUAUCAUGUGAUUGGCUGAGCCUUUCUCUAAAGAUAGCAGCGUAUUUUUGUGUCUCAGUCACACCGUUUGCAUUACAUUCUUAACAAUAAAAGACUGCAAAAGAAAAGGCAAUUGUAAUAGCUUUAAAUAAUAUAAUCAAUGUUGAGCAAUAAAUGUUCUAUCUCUUGCUUUGACAAAUUUAAGGGAGCAGAGGAGAGCAGAAAAAGAUAUUUUUAAAAAGACAAUAAAUUCAGUAUUAAUUAUUUGAUUUCAAAUACAGCUAGAUCAGCCGUCCGAGAAAACCAAAGAUUUAUUUUUUGUUCACCUUUGUGUAUCAAAAGUAGUUUAGUUCUUCAUUCCUGAAUUGUCUUUAAAAUAAUGUUGUUUGAUUGCUUGCUUUUUUUAUUUUGAUGCAGCAACAAAUGUUCAUGGCUAACAUUCCAAAUCAAAACUGGCAUCUUUUCAUUAUAUACAGCAGCUAUUUUGAAAUACUGUACAUGAAAAUGAUUACCCACCAUAGAAUAAUUAUUGUAGACAUUUGUUUAGAAUGCUGUUUAUGAUUAUGAUCCUGCAUCUUCAUUCCCACAGAAUUAAGGUACAAGUUGUACAGUACAACUGUAAUAACACUUGAGUAACUGUUACUCACCUUGGCUGUGCAUUUUUCUUGUCUGAAUUGUGUGGUGUUCAGUUUGAGCUGUUGAACAGUUUGAAAAUGUAUGUUGUUCAUGGGAUCAAUUUUCUGCCCAUUUGUUCUACCUUAUGAUGUGGAUCCAUCAUUAAUUAUUUAAGAUUUCUUGACAAUUGCAAACCUAAGGUCCUGGAGACCAACCCAUCCUCUCUUCACUGUCCAGCUUUGUGCCCUAGUUGGCAAAGAUUCAGUCGUCAGACAGGAUAUGAAUAAGGUGAACAUAAGAAAAUAUGUUUGAUAUCAUUGGCAUUUCCUAGGACCCUGGAUCGGGAAACAGUGAAACAAUGUGUUAGAAUGUGUGACAUCUUCUGUACAGUAUUUCAAUGAGAGCUGCUGUUACAAACCACCAGCAUUUUAUUCAAACUCUUCAAACCUACUUCAGGUGUAAUGCAGGCUGAUUACUGGUGUUAUAUGACCUUAUUAAUGGUACAAUAUUUAUUAUCAAUGAAGGUUCUCACUUGUGGUUGCUGGGGAAAACAUGUCAUUGAUCUCUGGCAUAUCAAGUUUUAGUAAGAGCAUUAAUUGAAGCAACUGCCUUUUAAAUGUAUUAGGGGGACCUGAUAACAUCAUUGCAGUUGGAGAUGUAAGCACAGUUUUAGGAGGCAUUCUGCCUUUUCAGAAAGUAAAAGCAGAGUCUGGAAAAUAUGCUGGUUAGCUGAUGAGAUUUUGCUGGACUUUUUAAGAUUGGAGAUGUUAAUUGAAAUAUACUUAGAAACUACUGCCUCCUUUUUUAAGUUAAGUAUUUGUUGAUGCACAUUAAUCUGGAAUUGUGUGUUAAACUGUCUGAAAUUGUAUUUUUGUUUUGAUUAUGUAUUAAACUUGUGUGACUGGUGUAACAGGUACUUGUGUGACAUUUACUACACGUACCUGUGCGGGUGCUGGUGUGUGUCAUGUGACCACUUGUUACAACAGUUGGGAAAGGUAGGAGAAAAGUAAUUGUUACUGCUUUUUUGAUUAGUGUGUUUUACUCCUUUGUGAUGAGAACAAGUAAUGUGUUAGUUUUUUUUAUUUUAGAGCAUAUUGUUAAGAUGUGAACUAAAGGGACGAAGUGGAGGGUGCAGUCUGAUUGUACCUCAGGUGUUCUGUACCUUUUGUCUUCAAUUGCCAAUUAUCUUGUAAAGGCAGUGUUUGUGAUCCUGGUUCUGGAGGGUGAACCUGCAUUAUAUCAAAUUUUAUGUCUCAGGGGAUCAGCUUCACUUGAUAUCCAGUGCUACAGGAGAGUAAACGCUUGCCUUGAUUUCUGAAUGUACCUCAUUUAUGUCUUUAACUACUUUUACUGAGAAACUGUGUGUUGCUAUUUUAUACGGGCAUUACAGUGAAUGCUGCCUAGAAUUCAGGUGCCUGAUCUGUAAUUUUGCUAACUCAUGCCAAAAAAUAUAACUAGUCUAAAAGCCAAAAUGUUUUAAAACUGUUGUAAAAUAGUCUGCAUUUUGAAUGAUUGCACAGUUUAAAUAAAGUUUUCCAUA